AUGUAUGACAAUUUGUACCUGCAUGGAUUUGAAGACUCGGAGGCGGGCUCAGCUGAUUCCUACACAAGCAGACCAUCGGACUCGGAUGUCUCUCUGGAGGAGGAGCGGGAGGUGCCGGGGCAGGUCCAGGGCCAGAGCCCGAGCCAAGGGGGCCCGGGGACCCAGGCCCCGGUCCAGACCCGAGAGCAGAAGGAGCAGCAGGCCACCGUGCAGCUGGAGAGAGCCAAGGCUAAAGCCGUGGCCUUUGCUGUGAAGACCAACGUCAGCUACUGUGGAGCAUUGGACGAGGACGUGCCGGUGCCAGCAACUGCCAUCUCAUUCGAUGCUAAGGACUUCCUUCACAUAAAGGAGAAGUUCAACAACGACUGGUGGAUCGGCCGGCUGGUCAAGGAGGGCUGUGAGAUCGGCUUCAUCCCCAGUCCCCUAAAGCUAGAGAACAUCCGCAUCCAGCAGGAACAGAAGAGAGGGCGAGUCCAAGGUAAGUCUGGAGGCAAUUCUUCCUCAAGUGUAGAGGAUGAGGUGUCCGCCUCGAUCAGACCCCUCAUCUCCUCUGCAGGAAAGCAGAAACAAAAAGUGACUGAACACGUCCCCCCUUACGACGUGGUGCCAUCCAUGAGGCCUGUGGUGCUGGUGGGGCCCUCCCUCAAGGGCUAUGAGGUGACGGAUAUGAUGCAGAAAGCACUCUUUGACUUCCUCAAGCACAGAUUUGACGGCAGGAUAUCUAUCACACGAGUCACAGCAGAUAUAUCAUUAGCCAAGAGGUCUGUUCUGAAUAACCCCAGCAAGCGGGCCAUCAUCGAGAGAUCAAACACCAGGUCCAGUUUAGCGGAGGUGCAGAGUGAGAUAGAGAGGAUCUUUGAGCUGGCCAGGUCCCUACAGCUGGUGAUCCUGGACGCAGACACCAUCAAUCACCCAGCCCAGCUGCUCAAGACCUCGUUGGCUCCCAUCAUCGUCCAUGUCAAGGUCUCCUCGCCCAAGGUUCUGCAGAGGCUGGUCAAGUCCAGAGGGAAGUCCCAGAGCAAGCAUCUGAACGUACAGCUGGUGGCAGCUGACAAACUGGCCCAGUGUCCUCCGGAGAUGUUUGACAUCAUCCUGGAUGAGAACCAGUUGGAGGAUGCGUGUGAACACUUAGCUGAGUAUCUAGAGGCCUACUGGAAGGCCACCCACACCUCCAUGGCCACGCCGCUCAACCCCCUGCUGGGACGCAACCUGGGCCCCACCGCCCUCACUCCUUACCCCACCACCAUCUCUGGACUGCAGACUCAAAGAAUGAGACAACACAGCAACCACACGGGAGACCACUCCACGCCCAACGAGCGUCGCAACCUGAUGACCGCCGACGAGAACUACCACAACGAGCGGGCGCACAAGGGACGCAACCGCAUGUCGUCGGGCUCGCAGCACAGCCGAGACCAAGACCCGUACCACCAGGACUACCAGGACCCCUACCAAGACUCCUACAAGCCCCACCGUAACCGCUCCUCCCCGGGCAGCUACAGCCACGACUCCCGGCACAGGCUUUGA